CUCUCUUCCUUUUCUAGCCACCACUCCGCUUUGACAGGCAAACUUAUUCUCCAGUCAAAUCCUUCCGACAGACUUCCUCCAGCAAAAUCUCUUCGGCAGACUCCCUUCGAAAACCAGCAAAAAUGUAACAGUGCGUUAAAAAAUGUACAUUAGUAUAGUGGUAGUGAUUUUCGAGUGGCACGCUACCAGUACAACGCUACCACUUACCACUACCAUCUGGCAGUUGAUACGAUGAAAAUCACUACCACUACCACUCGACUAUACACAUAACAAACCAAAGCUGGAAUAAAAAAAUCAUAAAUCUAAAAAACCAGGGGAUGAGGAAAGGGAGAGGCGAUGACCUCGCGACGGUAGCAGGGAGAGGGUGGUUGUGGCAAGCGGCGGUAGCGGCGGGCAAUGGAAGCGUCAUCGGAGCACAGAGGCAGGAGAAAGUAGGGAGGCGACAGGAGGAUGACAACAUCAACUUGGGAGGUGGACGCCGCAGGUCGGAUGUCAUAGCGUGGAGAUCGCCGAGGGGAGAGAGGAGGCGGCGACAGUGGGAUGGUGGUGGUGGCCUUUGUGCAUUUAGGCAAGGGGUAUGAAGAAAGGUAGAGAGGAAGAUGAAAUUCGUUUUCAGAAUGAAAUAACUCAUGACAA